AUGAAAUCUACACUGAUUGAGCCUGGUUCUAUGGCUCAAAACAUACAAAGCACUUUAGCUAAGACCUAUCCAAAUAGAGUCUUUGAUCUUGAACAAAACUCUGCUGAAAAGGAUUUGAUAAUUGGAAAGCAGGAUAUUCGAAUAAGCAAUCUUGAGAAAGAGAACUCCGAUAAAGAUUCAAAGAUCUCAGAGCUUCAAGUGAAUCUUGGUGGUUUAACUGAUGUAUUCUUUGAUCUGAAACAACUCCUAUUUCAGAAGUCUGGUGAUGAAUUUCAACCCUUGAGUGUUGAAGGAGAAAAGAUCACUUCUUCUAGUUCAGGUCCCUCCGAUCCAACUUCGCAAUCUUCAAAUGAAAUAACUGCAAGAACUACUCUAGAUGCUAACCUUGAUUCAUUCUUAUCUUCUGCUUCUCUUUCUUCUCAAGAAAGAAGAGAGAGAAGCAAAUUAAGGGAAACUGGGAUGAUGUUCACAGAAAAAUAUGGUGAUCGUUCUGGCAUCUUCAUGUGGGGGAUACGAUGCUGA